CUCCGCUGGGAGCGGGAUGGUGUGGCGUGAAACCCGGGACCGGGAGCAGUCGUCGGCAGUCACGCUUGCAUCGCCGCGCUGUUUCACCACGACUUAAGUUCAGUUCGCGACUUAAGCGUACGCUUAAACUAAACUUAGAACGCGUCGAACCUAAAUAGGCUUAACCAUAGAAUUAAGUGAUAUUGGUUGUUUCGAAAAUGCGGUGAGAACUGUAUUUGGAUAUUUGGUGUAAGAGUUCAGCGAAAAUUACAGAACUGUAGUAGUUAUGGGUAGUCCGAUGAAGCACGCCAUCGGAGGGAGUAUUCACCGCAUUCGAGAGUUCGAACUUGAAAAAGUCAGUUUAGCAGAUGAAUUUGACAUCCUGCAGAUUGUUGGCGAAGGAUGGUUUGGCAAAAUUCUCCUCGUUGAACACAAAGCGACCGACACGGAAAUGGUCUUGAAAGCUUUACCCAAACCCUACACAGCAUUGCGAGACUUUUAUCGUGAAUUUCAUUACGGAUUGCAUCUCGGCGCACAUAAAAACAUAAUCAGCACCUAUGAUGUCGCUUUUGAGACGGCUGGUUUUUAUGUGUUUUCACAAGAAUACGCUCCUUUGGGCGAUUUGACUUCGAACGUCCAGGACACAGGCAUCGGCGAGCCACAUACGAAAAAAGUCGCCAAGCAGCUGGCGUCGGCAUUGGAUCAUCUGCACACACGCGAUCUGGUGCAUCGCGACGUUAAAUUAGACAAUAUUCUAGUGUUUAAGUCGGACUUUUCGCGUAUUAAACUGUGCGAUUUCGGCGAGACGAGACGUGUUGGCUGCGUGGUACCACGUCGUAACGAAUGGCUGCCGUACGCCCCACCGGAAGUGCUACAAGUCCAAACGGAUACAGACUAUACGGCUGUGACAUCCCACGAUGUAUGGCAAUUUGGCAUUGUCAUCUUCGUAUGCCUCACCGGAUGUCUGCCAUGGCAGAAAGCCGCCCGGGAUGAUCCACGUUUUGUGCGCUAUCUGAAUUGGCACUUGAGCACUAUGAAAAUCGGCCGCCAGCCGAAACUGUUUAAGUUAAUCUCCUCCAAAGGACAGCGUUUAUUCAAAAAGUACCUGGAACCACGUCGUGAAAAACGGCCCAGUGGCUUGGCGGAACUACAUAGAUUUAUGAAUGACCGCUGGUUGUCCAAAGUUGGCAUAGAGAAAAAUAAUGAAGUCCCUGCUGAGGAAGAAGGACUUUGCCCGUCAAUGUACAGUUUUCAUUCCAGUCCUGAAGAAAAGGAUCGCCUUUUGCAUACUUUGACAGCGUAUGGCUUAGAGACCACAGUUGAUAGACAUGCAAAGAAGGACCGCAUCCGCGACUGGAUUCAAAACAGUGUUAUUGAGGAAGAAGACGAGGAAGAAUUAGAAGACUCUGAUAAAGAGUUAGAAGAUAACCAAGCAGGACCCAUUGGGGAAAUGCUGCAAGAUCGUGGUCCUAUUUCAGACGGACGCAUCAGUAAUGGCCACACAACUAGCGAAAGAAAAAUAAAAAGACGCAAUUCCACUGUAAGCAGGCGUAGUGUACGCAUCGAACCGGAAGUAUACUCGCCACCGAUCGAUCCGCGUAUUCCGCUCGAGCAGCAGAAGGAUAAAAUCCAAGCACAGGAUGUGCGCAGCAAUAAGAAUAGCAAGCCGCUGAUGAUUCAAGCAAACUCGUUCGAAUCAGACGGAAAUUCCAGCAUGUAUACAAGCAACGAAUCGACGGCUUCGCAGACGACGAUUAAUUUCGAACACUUUGGCGUGCAGGCGGCACUACCAUUCCAUAAUAUUAAAGUAAACCAAAGCGACGACAGCGUCCGGCAUAACAUCAACGUGCAGGAAGCGCAAAUAAACCAGAGCCAAUAUACGAUAGCCGUCAAUCACGAUAAUAACGAGCAAACGCCAGCAGAAAACAAUAAUACGCAGAAAAGUAACAAUAACAAUGUGGCGGGUACGGAGAAAUUUGUAAAUGGGGAACGUGAUACUCGGAAGCGCAAUCCGGUGGUACCGAAAAGGUCAAUGCGCGAGGAAAAACGAUUUGCCGCCUAUCGAAAUGUGGGCAGUAAAAGUUCGUCAAGCAACAGUAACAAUUCAAAUGAAAUCUCAAAGAAAUGAAUCUGCUCAUAAUGAAAUAAUAUUUAUAUUUAUUGUCUGACGAUAUUUUUCUAUUUCGAUUUGUUCUCGAAUGAAUGCGUGUAUCAGCAUGUGUAAAUGUGUGUGUUUUGCGCGAGAAUUUGGCAAUAAACGGGACGAAGUAUUGCCAGAUGUAUUUUAAUAUAACAAACAUGUAUUUCGGAUUUAUAUGACUAUGAGAGAGGCUUCACAUUGUUUUUGAUUACGUUAUAAAAUGUUUCAAAGUUUUUACUUACGAAUGAAAAUAAACGCUUCUUCAAAAGCACCAAA